AACAGCACAGCAAUGAGUGCUUUACGGAAAUUUCAUAAUUUUAGUUUCUCUUAAAAUUUUUUUUAUUGGAGGAAAAUGGGUAGAUAUUAUAAUCGCUGUCUUGUAUUUACCUGCAUCGCUUCAAUAUUGAAAAAAAGAACUAUUUUUAUAAUAUCUCGCUAUGAGAUAUGUUCGAAAGUUAAUUAAAUAAAAGUUGUAACUAGCUCUGAUCAUUCCUCAUGGAGAUAGUGGGUGAGAAAGAAGUUUUCGAAUUUAGGAGUUAUUAAAAUUUCAUCUUAUCAUGGGUAAUAGGAUAACAUGUUGUUCUUCAGACAGUCCUACUAUCAACAGAAAAUUUGGGUCUAUAUAUCUAGAUCCAGACUUAUCAUGUCCUUAUCCAAAUGAGAGUAUUUCUAAUCUUCAGCAUAUUAGUGAAAGAGAACCAGAAGACUUUGAUGCAGAUCCAUCUACUCAUCCAACUGCUGGGCCAAUAUUUAUGCAAAGGUCUAAGAGCGAUAUGAGAUAUUUUCGUGAGAAAAGGAGAAGCCAAAGUAAUUUACUGGAAACCAGACCUUUGAAGAAGUCAAGUUCAUGCUCGACAAUUUUUCUAGAUGAUAGUACUGUUAGUCAACCUAAUUUAAAGAAUACCAUCAAAUGUGUUACUUUAGCAAUAUAUUACCAUAUUCGGAAUCGCACUUCCAAUAGAACUCUGGAUAUUUUUGAUGAACGAAUUCAUCCGUUAUCUAAGGAUAAAAUACAAGACGACUGUGAUCAAAAGGAUCCAGAUCACCGCACUAUAUACAGGUUCGUUAGGACAUUAUUUAAUGCAGCUCAGCUCACUGCAGAAUGUGCCAUAAUUACUCUUGUUUAUUUGGAAAGGCUUUUAACUUACGCUGAAAUAGAUAUUGUUCCUAGUACAUGGAAACGGAUAGUUCUAGGUGCAAUACUUUUGGCUUCAAAAGUUUGGGAUGACCAAGCAGUUUGGAAUGUAGACUACUGUCAGAUUCUUAAAGAUAUUUCAGUUGAGGACAUGAAUGAGUUAGAGCGACAAUUUUUGGAAAUGUUGCAAUUUAAUAUAAAUGUUCCUGCUAGUGUAUAUGCAAAAUAUUACUUUGAUUUGCGAAGUUUAGCUGACCAAAAUGAUGUGUCAUUUCCCACUGAGCCUUUAAGCAAAGAACGGGCACAAAAAUUAGAAGCAAUGUCUCUGGCUAUGAGUGGGGUAUUAAUAGACUUGCAUCGAAAUGGAAUGCGGAAAUGGUAUAGCUUAGACAACUUAACUGUUUUGCGCAAAAGUGCAGCCAUUUUAUCCUGACAGCAGUUGAAAGACUUACAUCAUUCUAGCUCAGGUGCUUGCCAAAGUGGUUUUGGAAAGAUAUAUCUGGCUGUGAUCAUGAUUCCACUUCCAUGGCAUGAAAUUAACUGUUUAUCAAUCUUCUAUGCUCUUGGAAUUCUCCUUAUACCAUCCAUGAUGUCAAAAUAUGUCCUAAACUUUAUGCACCUUUUCUUUUUAUACAGAUGUAAAACCAUGAGUACCAUUGCAAUGCAAUGCAAUACAUUAAAGCUCUUUUGUAAGUAGUAUCUUUUUAUAUAUUGUGUAAGGAUAAAGUUAUAUAGUUAUAUGCUUUGUGUUCAUGGGUGAGUGGUUGUAUGAAUGCAUGUGUAUGUAUUAGCUGGUUUACAAUAAUUUAUCCCCUUUCUGCAUUUGGGUCAUUCAAAAAGAAAAGGAAAAAACUAGUCAGUACUGGACUGAAGUUAUCUGGUUGCAUUACAAUGUGACCAUUUAGUUUGAAAUAAGGUAUCUUUAAUACUGAGACAGUAAAACAAGUUUUAUUCUUUUUUCAUAGUUAAUUAUGAAAACGUUUGUUUUUUAUUGCUAAAGAGUGGAAUUUUGUCAUUUUAUUUAAAUAAUAAAAUGUGAGUUUUGUUUUCUAUGAAUGUACACCUUUAUUCAAAAAUGAGCGUACACAUUUGAUGUAAACUUGUCUAUCAUAUCAAAGAGCCAUUCCAUUUCAAAAUCUUUUGUGCAAACUCUUUAUUUCCAAUGUUUAAAAAAAAAAUGUUUUAGUUUAUCAAAUUGAUUAUUUAUUUGAAUAAAUUAUUUGAUUGAGAUGUCCAUUUAUAUCUCCUGUUAGAAUAAACUUAUAUCUCUUUGGUAAUUUAUUUGCAUCCCAGUGAAUGAGGAAUUUAUGCAGUUCAUUAAUAGAAAUUUUUAGACAAUCUGGAUAUCAAGCAAAGUUUCAUCCUUAUUAGUUUAUUAAUUUUUUAGAAAUAAGUAUAUUUUAGUACUAGGGAUUUAUAGAAGGCUGUUGAGUUCUUUUGUUUCAUUUUUAGACAGAAUUUUAUGUUUAAAAAGUCUUUCAUUACACUUUUAACUUGUGUAACUCUUGUGCUUUUCAAAGUGUGUGGUAAUUUUAUUAUUAAUACUAAAAUAGUUGCAGUGCUCGGGAGGUGUAUUAUUCAAGCUUGUUUUUAAUUUAUGUAUGUUUCAUGACCUCUGAUGAAGUUAAACGUUUUGAGAGAAUUGUGUGUAUUUUAAUGUUAUUGUUUAUGUUACUUUUGUGCAGUAUUUAGAUUGCCAUGUAAAUUAAGUUAUUUGUGUUUUAAAUUUCUUUUUUUAAAUGGAAAUUUCUAUAGAAGCUCAUUUUGUAAUGUCACAAAAUCAAAAAAAAUAUUUUAAUAAAAGAAAUUGUUCAUUGAAAUAAGGUGUCUAGUGCAUCUGACACAAAAUUCAUGAACUGUUUGAACAUUUUACAUAAUAGAUAUUUUGGUUCCAUUUCAUUAUUUUCUGCUCUUAGAAUUUUUUUUUAAAUGCGAUUUGCUUUCUUUUGAAUAUGAUAGUCAGCUUCCUUAGUUAAUUUUUAAUUAAAAAAUUGCGUGUAUUCAGUUGUAUUUACUAGCAUUUAAACAAAUAAAUACUUGGCUUCCAUAACCCAUAACUUUUUCUUUCAAUCUGUCUUGGAAAAGAGAAAACAUAUUUUGAAAGUUGUGAUAUUAUAAAAUUUAGGGAUCUAAAUGUUUAUUUCUGCUAAACCUCCUAUUUGUUGUUAUAAUUAAAAUUUUAUCUGUCCCAAUAUAUUUCACGAAUUAAAUGCUAUUUAGAGCAAAUGGAGGAAACUAUGAUAAAUUGUGCUAACAUUCUUGGUAAAUAAAUUUUUAUGCUUAAGAGUGUUUUCCUCCCUCAUUAUUUCUUCCCUGGAAUUGACAAAUGGAAAUUUGAUUGUGAUUUUUAUUUAAAAGUUUUAUUAACUACAUUCUUUAAAAUAAAUUUCAUAUUUUUAUGGAAUCACUUCAUCACCCUUUAUUGUUUUAAUUUAAUGUCAUCUAAACUGAUUUGUCAUCCAUUUCUAGAAAAAAGAAUUCUAUACGUUGUUAAAAUAUUGUAAUAAGGAGCUCAAGAUUUAAUUAAAUAAUCAAUCCAUUCAGUUUUGAAUUUUUCGUAAUUUUAAAAUUAUUUAUUUAUAAUAGUUUCGACUUUUUCCCUUCUCUCUCGCUCUCUCACUCAGAUUUUUAUCACUCAGACUCAGUUAUUUGAUUUAGCUCAUUGGUUUCUUUAAAUAACACACAUAUGCCGUCUUGAAAAUUUCAUAAUCAGAGUUAUCUUGAUGUUGUACCUGUACUCGAAACAAGUUUUAUCCCUAUAAGAAUGUAAUUGUCACCACUUCUUCUUUUCCACUUGCAUAUCUUCACUUAAAAUAGUUGCCUGAAAUGAAAUCAAGGAUAUCUCUUUGAUCUAUGAUUUUUUUUAAAAAUCUGUUAACUUCUUUUAUUACAGUUAAUUAUUGAAUUUCUGGGAAAUUAAUUACAACUAUAUAUAUUUUAUUUACUAUAUAUCGUAAGCUGAAAUUCACUAAUACUUAAUUUUUGUGUUCCUAUUUUUGAUAUCCCCAUUUUGAUUGAUUGUAGUAAUCUAAUUAUUUGUAUUCAUAUCACACUGAAAAUAUAUUUCUAUUAAUUUAAAUAUUAUAUGAGAAUAGAGGCAUUCAACUUUAAAUAUUAAUCAAGGUAUAAUUUUUUUUUAAUGUAAUGUCAGUGAAGCUUAAUCUACAAUUCUUUGAAACUUAAUGUGGUUUCAAUAUAUGCAAUUAAAGCGUCAUUUGCAUACUCUGUUUCAAGAAACAUAUAUUGAUCUUUUACACAAAUGAGGAGCAAACUAAUUAAAAUCUUUGGCUUUGUAAAAUUUAAAUGGCAUUGGUGGGUAAGAUUCUGAUGAAAGAUUGUGUAGUUUCAGUUAUAGAUUGCAAUUUCUAAUUGUUCCCAUCUUUUAAUAAUAUUGAUGACCUACAAUUCUGCUAUCGUUGAAAUUACAAAGAAAGUUCUUUUUCCGCCUUCUUAAAUAGAAAAAAUUGUGUAAAUGAAGGUAAAGUUCAUUCUGAUAUUUUAUUAAAUUUCUUGGCUUUCAUUCUCUUAUCAAGUUGAUAAUAUUAUUUCUUUUCCCUGCUUAUCAAAUAUUUGAACGAUAUUUAAUUAGAGCCUUUGCAAAGAUAGUAAAUUUUUUUCAGAGUAAUAUUACAUAUAUGCAAAAGUCAUUGUCAAUAUUGAAAUUUCUUUUUUGAAUUAGUAUGAUCUUAAAGAAAUGGGGUAAAAUGUCAUAAAUGUGAAUGAUAUUUUAAAGUAUUUUUUAAUGUUUUGAACUUCUAUCCUCCUAAUUUUUGUAAGGAAUCUUUGUUAUUUUGGUUUUUAAUUUAUUAUUUGGUUUUUGUCCCAAGCUUUAUAUUACAAAAUAAAGUUAACAAAUCAUGUUAGCAGUCUAUCAGAUAUCAUUAGGGUGUAUAUUGCAAGUCUAUGAUUUCUUUGUUGUGUAAAAGAAGGAGGGGGGGGGGUUCUUAAAUGGAAUACAUUAAUAGUCUGUUUUAAGUUUUUGCUCUCACUCCUGAUGCUUAAUGCAAAAGUUUCAUAGGUUCUAGAAUAUCUUCAGUAUAAUAUUAAGUUCAUUAAAAUCGGAUUUUUGGUAUUUAACAUAAAUUAUCUCUUUGAAUGGCACACACACGUUUUUUUUAAAAUCAAUUACCUUUUAUUGUCUUGUGAAAGAUUAUGUAGUAGAGGUUUUAAGUGCUGACAUGGUUCUCCUAUUUGUAGGAUCGAAAUUAGCUAUUACUGAGUAAUUGUAUAUAGUAUUUUAUGUAGAUGUGCCUAUUAUUUUCUUUUUUGUUUUAUAAAAAUGUAUACUUUUUAGUAGUAAUGAAAAUGUCAGUAACCAUUUACAAAAUGUUUUAUUGAUUGUGGGAUUAUUCCUCUUUUGUUGCUUGUGUUUUUUAAAAACUUUUUCUUGAUAUGACUAUUUUAUGGCACCAAAAUGUUCCAAAAACAUUUUUUUUUUUUUUUAUAAAAUGCAUAAUUUAUUAAAAUGUUUUUUGAUGUUUGAUUUUUGUUGCAAUUAUGUGAUAAAUGUAAUUAGUCAUUAUUUUUCAGAAUAUCCUAUCAUAACUGUUAUCUUGUUAAUAUUUUUAUUUGCUUUGUACAAAUAUAGUUUAUACAAUUUGGGAGUAUUUUUUUUGUUUGCUUUUAACUUUUUUUUUUUUUUGUUCACUCAUGUAUAUUUGAAAUGCUGUCCCUCCUUUCUGCCCCCUCCCACACACAAUUUGAUGAACAAUGAAAUAUUUUAACUAAAAUAUAUUCAGAAUCGGUCUUUUAUUGAAAUAUAUUUUUUUUUCUAAAUGCUCUAGAAUGGCUAGCAUCAAAUAUAUCAAAGUAUUUUGUUUCUAUGGGAGAUAAAACAUGGUAAUUUAUUGUUAGAUCAUUGGUCAUAUUAGUAUUUGGUAAAAGGUUGCUUACAUUUUUUCCUCCGUUUUUUUUUUUUUUUUUCUGUGACUAUAUUAAGGGUUUGAAUGAAAUAUUUGUAAUUGUUUCUGAUAUUCAUUUUCGGAUGUAUGUGUUAAGUAAUCACUGAUGUUUUUGCAGACCUGUGUGUGUAAAGUGCCAUUUCAAUUUUUUUUUAAAUCAUUUUUUUGUAUUGAGUAAACUGUGUUUGAUAUUAAGCAAAACUUUAAUAUGGGAUUUUAAUAUUGUAAAUUCUAAAUAUGAUUAGUGAGCAACAUCCCUAUGCUUUCUUUUUAUUUAUUCUCUUAAAGAAAUUGCUGAAUCCUUAAACUAUUUGUAAGUGAAGGUGCCAUAAAUGUCAUUAACUCAGUGAACUGUGGUAUUUAAGUUCAUUUCCGUUACAGCAAAGCAUUCAAUGGAAGGCUCUUUAACUUCAAGUAUCAAUAGUUUACAAGUUUUAAAAAAAUUACAGAUGAUUAUAACUUUCAAACCUCAUUUGAUUUUAUUUUUCAUAAAGUUGAAGUUGCAUUUUUUUAAUGAAAUACUUUGUAUUUUUUCGAAAAAAUACAGAAAUCAAGACAAAGGUAUUCUUCAUAAAUUAUGAAACUGGUGGAUUUCUCAUGUGGUGAUUUGAAUAAAUGAAAGUUGAUGUAACCUGUUAUUUGUCACUAAUUUUUUAAAGGAGUCCGUUAGCACUUUGCAGAAUUAGUUUGUAAAAGGAAAUUUAUGUGCCAGUGCGUUUUUGUUUGUCAAAACAUUUUUAUGGUUGAGUUCAAGAAGAGACAUUGUCAAUGUCUGAUUCUUUAUAUAGCAUUUAUUCUUAUCCAUAGUCUUAGUCCUAUUUUGGCAAAAACACUAUUCAAAAUAAAUUUUUAAUGCAUUCUUUUUGUAUUUAUUACAUUUUCAUACAUAGUGCUAUAUUAUUAUCUUUACACAAGUUUUGAUGCUUGUCUUUCUUGGACUCACCUUUAGAAGUACAAUUAUUGUUAAAUACAAAACAUUAAUAUACUUUUCCAUCAAAUUAUUUUUGGCAGAUUAUUAUACUAUAUAUAUACAAUAUAGCAUUUCUAAAUCUAAGUUACAUUGGUAUUAAGUCACAUUUGAAAAAAUAAAUUUGAAAAACUUUUGUAUCUGGAUUUCCCGUCUUCUCCUCACUGUCCUAUUUUUUUUUUUAUCUGCAUUUGAACAGAAGGUUAUAUUCAAAAGCAUAUAUUUAUAUACUGACAAAAUAUAAUUAAACAAAAAUAACUUUGCGGUCUUUUGAAAGAGUAAUGCUAGAAACUAUUCACUUGUUAAGAGUUGAAAUAGUAAUUAUCUCAA